UUUUGUUUGAAAUCGAGAUGGCAUUAAAGUCCAUUAUUUUUUACUAUUAUAAACAAAAACAAAGCGAAAGGUGUUGUUGGCUGUGACUGGAUCCUCCCCCUUUCUUCCGGGUUCUUGUCGUGCGUAUCCGGCGAAAUGAGAAGUGUGUAGAGCAAACAGAGGUGAAGCUGAGAAGUUGAUCACUCACUCAAUCUAAGAGUGCAUGUAAUUGAAGCAGCAACCAUUUCUACUUUUCGAAUCUUCUCUGCUUCAAUCCACACCCAAGGGUUUCAAGGAAUAUGGGUCUUUCCCGUUAGCUAAAGAUAAUUAAUUUUGUGUCCGAUGGCGUCCACUCGUAAACCCAGUGGUCAUGGAGCUGAAGUCGAAGCUCAGAAGCGCUCCUCUUCGAAUAGUAGUACUAAGUCAGCCAAAGCCGAGACUUUUGAGCCGAUGCAAUUACAAAGAUCAGUAACAAACCCAAGAGCUGUUGGAAUUCCGGAGAGUAAACGGUUGCCAGAGUCUUUUAGGAAGCGAUCUAGCGACCCGGCUGUUUGUAAACCCGAUUUCAGCUCCCUAUCCACUGUUCUUGAGCAUGUAGAUUCAUUGACCAUUGAUGAAAAGAAAACAUCUGGCUUUGGCAGCGUCAAGACCAGCUCUGCUUCAGCCAAAUUGAGUGAUGGUACGAGCAGUCUUGGCAAGACUAGUGGAAGUGCCAAGCUAAGUGGCCGCCUUGAUUUCAUGGAGAGUGGCAAGAGCAGUAUCUGCAGAGGAAGCACAAGCAGUGAUGUGAGUGACGAGAGUAGCUGCAGCAGCUUUAGUAGCACUGUCAACAAACCCCACAAGGCCAAUGACUUAAGAUGGGAAGCAAUCCAGGCUGUUAGGGUUCGUGAUGGGCUUUUAGGUCUUAGUCAUUUCAGGCUCCUUAAGCGGUUAGGCUGCGGGGACAUCGGGAGUGUUUAUCUCUCUGAGCUGAGCGGGACUAAGUGUUACUUUGCUAUGAAGGUUAUGGACAAGACAUCCCUUGCCAGUCGCAAGAAGCUUCUCCGAGCUCAGACUGAAAGAGAGAUUCUCCAGUCUUUGGAUCAUCCAUUUCUCCCUACCCUCUACACUCACUUUGAGACUGAGAAAUUCUCAUGCCUGGUGAUGGAAUUCUGUCCCGGAGGAGAUUUGCAUACUCUCAGGCAACGCCAGCCGGGGAAACAUUUUUCUGAGCAAGCGGUAAAAUUUUACAUAGCAGAGUCAUUGUUAGCUUUGGAAUACCUGCACAUGCUUGGGAUUGUGUAUCGAGAUCUUAAGCCUGAAAACGUUCUAGUUCGAGAAGACGGACAUAUAAUGCUCUCUGAUUUUGACCUUUCUCUCCGAUGUCUUGUCAGCCCGACUCUAGUGAAAUCUGCCGCCAUCGAGUCAGAUCCUUUACGGAAAAACGUUUACUGUGUGCAGCCCGCUUGCAUUGAGCCCUCCUGCAUUCAACCGUCUUGCACCGUCCCCACCACUUGCUUCUCCCCACGUUUGUUCUCAAGCAAAUCUAAGAAGGACCGUAAACCCAAGAAUGACACCGCAAAUCAAGUUAGGCCAUUGCCAGAGCUGGUAGCCGAGCCAACCGAUGCACGUUCCAUGUCAUUUGUGGGCACACACGAGUACUUGGCCCCAGAGAUCAUCAAAGGCGAAGGGCAUGGCAGUGCAGUGGAUUGGUGGACUUUUGGGAUAUUCCUUUACGAGCUUCUCUUUGGGAGAACGCCCUUCAAGGGCUCAGGAAACCGACAAACACUGUUCAAUGUGGUGGGUCAGCCUCUGCGGUUCCCAGAAACGCCUGUGGUGAGUUUUGCAGCGAGAGACCUCAUCCGGGGCUUGCUCAUGAAGGAGCCGCAGCAGCGGCUGGGGUUCAAACGGGGAGCCACUGAGGUUAAGCAGCACCCUUUCUUCGAAGGUGUGAACUGGGCUUUGAUUCGGUGUGCGACUCCCCCGGAAAUACCAAAGCCGGUUGAGCUGGAAAAAGGAGCUGUGAGUGUUGCAGAGGCACCAUCAAGCCAGAAGACAGCAGCGGGUUUGGUUCUGAAUGCUCAGAAAGGGUCUGAUAACUAUUUGGAAUUUGAUUUCUUCUAGCGUUACGGUUAGACAUAUGGUACUCUAUUCUUCCUUAGAAGACUAUGUGAUAAAAGAUGAUCAGGUGUUGAUGUUUCGCUCUUUAUAGAUUGCCAUGAAUUGUAAGCUUGUUUGUAUGCAUAAGCUGCUGUAGUUUAUAAAAAUGUUGUAACUGUUUCUCGUAACCUUAUUAGUUGUUAUCAGAGUUCCUUUUUACUCGCUCUAUCCAAACACAAAACAUUACAUCAAAUGUAUUGUCUCUGCA